AUGGUUGGAACUCCUAAGUAUACCGAGGAGCAAAUCAACUUCAUUUGCGCUCGCAGAUACGAGCGCCCCCAGUCUAUUGUCGACGCCUGCACCGAGCAAUUUCCUCGCUCGAGGGUUUUCACAGCCAGCGGUAUACGAUAUGUCUUGAACGCAUACAAAGAUCGUCCCUCAGACGUCAAUCCCACUAUCAAUCUAAUAGGCGCUUUGGCAGGCCACCAACCCAAUUCUCAGCAGCCUCAAGCUCAAUACAAUCAAGUCAUGUCCCAGCAGGCACAGAAUAUGCAUAACCCCUAUCCCCAGCGCCCCCAAAGCUCCACUCCACAGAUGAUAGCGCAAAACGGAAUGGUUUCUGCCCAUAGACGCGACAACAUUCCCAACCGUGCCCCGCAAGCCCCGAACCCGCAAAUGGCUCCUCAUAAGUUGCAGCAGCUGCAAAUUCAACUGGCUCGACUUACUCACCUACAGAACACACAGCGCCAACUUGUUAAGCUUCAGGGUCGGCUGGGCAAUGGUGCUGAAAACCAAGACAAUCAAUCCCAGCCUGCCCCGUCCGAAGGUGCGGAAGUCAGCGCUCAAGAUCCAGGAAACUCAGUACAGCUUGGCCCAUUCCAAAGCGCUCAAGUCAUUGAUCAGGACUUAGAAAAUAUAUUUCAACAGUCGAUGUUCCAAGGUGCUCGAGUCAACGCCCAAGGUCAGGGGAAUACUUUCCAACGUGGCCCCAUCCAGGAUGCUCAAUUCAACGCUCAAGGUUUGGGAAAUCUAUCUCAACACCCCUUGUUUCAAGGUGCUCAAAUCCAACCUGGCAUUGCUCAACCCCCUCAGCGCCAACCUUCUCAGCCAAUGGUCCCUGCAAUGAAGCAGCCACACCAGCGCACCAGCAAACCAAUCUCACCAGUACAAUUCCCCAUCAACAUUCAAGCUUCGGCAAAUGGCUUCUCUACCGAUCAAGCAGAUGACUUGGGCAAACCCCCAAAUAACAACCAGGCAGAUGAAUGUUCGAGCAACAUGAUGAGCCUUCCGGCUAGCACUCCGUUGACAAUGCCCGUUGCGCCAUUGCGCGCUGAUACUGCCGCUCAAGAUCAAGCACACUGUGCAUUGGACAAGGCCAAUCAGUCUACCACACCGAAUACCAACACGAUGGACGUUCCCGCUAGUGGCUCGUUGCCAACACCCACCAGAGCCGCCACCCCGAUUGAGGAACCCCGCUACCAUCCUGUCCCGCGAAGCAGCCCCUACCAUCUUGAUAACCAGCUUCCUAGCACCCCAAAUGCCAAGCUAGCAGAUGGUCCUUUGGAAAAAGAUAUCUGUCCGGCUGAGAAGAUAUUGGCAAAGUCUGCAGUACCAGCCCAGCAGCAUGGCAAUAUUCAGGCUUUGACAAACAAUGCAUCUUCUACCCUAAUCAACAAUACGGCCAACAAUGCAAAGAAGACGUCUGCAAAUGAGCCUUUGGACUCGCGACAAGGUUUACCUGGGGACGAUCUAUGUGCUCUGGAGCGCAUGGUUCUGGGGCACGAGGAGAGGAAUGAAAAGCCAAAGUCGGUAACUUACAAUAUUUUCGACCCUGUCUAUAAGCAAAAGCUCCAUCUUCCAGGAUCAGAUUCAGGUUGGAAAGUCAGCAUGAAGGAGCAAAACCGUCGACCCUCAACCAAUAGCUCCCAGGGGGCCCUCCCUGACUUUACAAUCUCUGGCGGAAAGAACGUUAUUGUCAAUCUUUACAGACCAAAAUUCCUGGCUGGUAUGGGAUACGAGCCGGCUGGAACUCCAAAUGCACCCUCCAAUAACUCAAAUGUACAUGAUACUGGCGCGGAUUAUAUUGUGCAGAGUAUGCUCACGGGUCUGGAGAUUCAGCAACCUCAGCAGAGCCCCAAGAGACCCGCACAGGAUAAGGGAGAGGAAACAGUGCGUCCAGCAAAGCGGGCAAAGGCUACCCCCAUAUCUCAACCCAGUACCCCAAAGAAAUCUGCCCCGGAAGUAGAUGUUAGAGGUCUCUUGACCCCGCCACAUAGCUCAUCAAAGGCAGCAACCAUGACUGCGCCAACUGUCGUCAACACUGUGAUGCACACCCAUACCACCCAGGCAUCAGUUAGCAAUAUCUCAAUGGUUAUACCGGCUUCGACUACCAAAGUCUCACCAGCUUCGAUUGCCAAAGUUACGCCGGUAUCAGCGACCUUGUCGAAUCGAUUCUACAACAUGCCUGCUCAAAUCGCCAAAACUAUGAUGUACACUCUCACUCCCCAACCCGCAAUUAGCAAUGUUCCUAAGACUACACCCGCUUUGGCUACAAAAGUAUCACCAGCUCCAACCAACACGCCAUCGACCUUGACUACCAAAGUACCAACCGCAUCAGCUACUUUGUUGGGUCCAAUUGAUAACGUGGACUCUCCAAUGCUAGAGCAAAAUACUGAUGACCCACGGCAAGUUGAAGUCCACCAAUCAAAUCUCGCUCUUCCCACCGUACAACAGGUGGACGACCCAGUACACGAGACCCAAACCCUUGAAGAGGAGUGGGAUGCCUUUCUCCGGGACAACACUGAUGACACCUACACGAGCGACGUAGACCCGGCAGCCCUACCACCUAAUGAGUCAUUCCAUGGGGAUCUCUCUUGGCUCCACGGGUAUGCAAGCCUUCCUACCAAUUCGGACGAGGCGUCAAGCGGCAGUUUUGAAUCCAUGGCUGGUCAGAAUCAAGUUCAGCAGAUUGAACUAUAUGAUAACAAUCAGAACGACCAAUGCCACAACAUUCAGAGUGAUCAGCACCACAACAAUGAGAUUCAUCAACCUUAUAACGAUCUGGAUUUCGAAAACUUCGACUUUUCAAGUCUUCAAGGCAAUAUCGAUUUUGGUGUUGGCGACUUUUUUUGA